AUGCGCCCCACCCGCUCUAUCAGAUGCAGCCCUGGCCGGACACAAGAGCGGGAACCCACCCGUGGCCGCUUCCACAGAACCCUGAAGAUGUUCCGGAGGUUCCUGCGCAUUCGGCGUAGAAAGACCUCAGUGAAUGAGGAUGUGGCCAUCACAAGCACCAAAACGAGGGAGACUCAGGGCCUCACAAAUACUGGUACCACGCCUGCUCCAACUAUGAUUCCUGCUCCCACUAUGGAUUUUUUCAAAGAGACUGCUGUUCCUCCUCAGCAGCGGGUGCCAGCCAAGGUGAAGGACAUCCACCAGAGUCUCCUGUCCCACGUCUCUGCGGAUGCCAGGCUGCAAAGGGACAUUGUGAGGCUGGCUGAAGAACACCCUGCUGACGUGGUGCUGACCCUCCUGCGCUGUGCCCCAACAUGUGACAGAGCAGCUGCAAUGAUGUGGAGAGCCAUAGCCUCAUCGGGACCAGCAGUGGAGAAAGUGCUGCCAACACUGCUCUGUGUGAUGGAGGACUGGCCACAGCACAGAAUGUGCACCUCCGAUGGGGACAACGAGGCUGUUUUUGCCCUGGCUGCAACUCUGGUGAUCUGGGUGAUUGUGCCUGUGUACAACAAGGCGAUGAUCCCUUUUACUGGGCGAUUGUUUGUGGCUCUGCUCUUCCAUGUUGCCAUCGCCACACAGCAGAUGCCACCAGAGGAAGUUGCUAACUUCUGGAGAGCGUGCCGGGAGGAACAACGCCUUCCCAGCAAGCCCAACAGAUUUGCAGUGCAGGCCAUGAAGGCUCUGCUCUACCGACUGCCGUGUGACAAGGUGGUGAUGGCUAUGGAGCGCAAGCGUGGCUGGGACACGCUGCUGCGUGCUCACACCCAGCACUAUGCCGUGGGUCUGCUGGCCAGGGAGAUGCGCCGUGUCUCGAUCCUUUUCUGUUCUUGCAUCGCACCCCACGUGCUCUGGCACCUCAGCAGGGAGGAGCCAUGCUGGGAUCUGCCUGCCCUGGCAUUCCUUGUGGAGGUCCUGGAUUGCCUGGACUUGAGUAAAUGUGGUGGCAGCGUCCUGAACAUCAUGUCAAGGCACCUCCAGAGUGAAUGCAGUCAGAGGCGUCGCCUGGCACUCAGAGGCCUCGUGCUGCUCAGCAAGGAUCUCUUGAUGGCCGGAAGGAUGUGCAGUCUGUCUUGCAGCCUUCUGGAGCUGCUGAGGGAUGCAGAUGGAGAGGUGGUCAGCAUGAGCCUCCGUGUGCUCACGAAUGUGCUCCCGCACCAUGGCAUCUUGCUAUCCGGUACCACUGCCCCAAAGCUGGCUGAGGUGCUCCUGCUGCUCUUUGACCAUGACAACAGCCACGUGCAGUUGCUCUGCAUUCAGCUCUUCUGUAAGCUGAUGGAAUUGGUAGCGGAUGAGGGGAAAAAGCCCCUGAAGACGAUUGUGAUCAAGAGCCUGUACACACUUUUAAUCUACUGCCAUGAUGACAACUGGCACGUGGCAAAGGCCUCUCGGGAAAUGCUGCAUUGUGCAGCCAAGUUCCUGAUGAGGAGAGAUCUUGAACAGCUGGUGGAGAAGGAGCAGCUGUCAAAGUUUGUCAAGUGCCUGCUGGCAGAGGACAGGAUCCGAGCGGCCGAGCACCUGCGCCGGGCCCUGCCCUACCUGGAGAGCCCAGAGGAGCCCCUGCGAGAGGCGGCCCUCAGCUUCAUGGGGAUGGACGAGUUUCCCAUGAUGAGGGGGCAGCAGGAAGAGCUCCACGGCCUCAGUCAGGGCGCUCCAGGCAGAGCUGACGCUGGGCACAAUUCUUGUGGCUUCAGCCCUCUCCCUGCCUCUACAUAGCUCCCUCCCUCUAGAUAGCUCCCUCCCUCCAGCCCUCAGACACUGUCCGUCCCCUUUUUUCCC